GAAGAUGAGCAGGAGCCGUCAAGAAAUGGCUGAGUUAUCGAAAAAACUGUCAUUAUUGAGGAGACCAUCCCUGAGGGGGGGUACAGGGAUUUUUCAAAAAAAAAAAAAUUUUUCUCCGAAUUAUUCACAACAUAUAUAAAUCGACUCAGUUUUUAACGCUAAUUCCGAAUUUGAUAUUAGUUUUGAACUAAAUCGUAGCUUUCUAACAAAACAUCCCCUGGAAAAGGUCUCAAAAUGCAGAAAAACUGCAUGAAGAAAGCAAAUAGACUAGAUAUGUCUCAGAUGAUAAAAAACAAACUGAAUAUCCCUGUUCACUUUUUGAAGUACACAUAACACUCGGAUUUAAAUUCGAUGUUUUCGCAUUUAUUUAUUCCAAACUAGAUAUUACAGUUUGAAAAUUGAUCAAUCUUCAACUUUAUUUCAUAACUAUAUUAUUGAGAUUCUCUUUUAUUGAUUUGUAUUUUUCACAUCAAUUUAUUAUUAAAGUCUUGAAUUUAAAAUAUAUCUUUUUUUUAUUAUAUCAUAAAUAUUCUAAUAUUUAAUUAAGAUUCAUAUUUUAACUUUUUUUUUUUUUUAUAUAUUGUGAUUCCAUUUUUUAGACGCUCUUCUUCGUUCACUUUCAUAUGAUUCAACAACAAUUGAUAAUGAAACAGUUAAAUUAAAAGUACAUCAAUAUGAAGAAGAUAUGACAGAAUUAACACGACAACAUUUAGCUGUUUAUCGUGAACGUUUAGAAGAUUCAAAAAAACAAUUAGAUAUUAAAAUUGAUGAAUUAGAAUUAAAAAAAUCUUCAAUUGAAAAUAAUUCAACAAAUCAUAUAUCAACAUUUUCACAUACACCACGUUCAAUAAAUACUAAUACUAAUCAUAAUAAUAAACGAUUAAAAUCAUUUUUAAGUACAAGUGCGGAAAAUUUAACUCUAACACCUAUACAAGAUACAAUAGCCAGUCAUCCACAUUUACUUGAUGUUUCAUUUUUAACAUCAACUCCAUUAAAAAUAACUGAUCAUCAAGCUUAUUUUCCUAAUCAUAAAGAAAGAAAAAAUGAAACAAUACGUUCAACUUAUCGAACAACAACACAUGGUUCUAUAUCAACAAAUAAUCAUCAAUAUGAUUAUUCAACAAAAAUAAAUAAUCAAAAUAAUGGAAAUUUAUCAAAUAUGGAAGGUUUAAGUAAAAGUCAACAAGCUAUUUUAGAUGAAACUGAUAAGCUUGUUAAAGAUUCACAACAAUUACAUACAGAAUCAGCUUCACAAUUUGAACGAGCACGAGAAAGUUUAUUAUAUAGGUAA